CAACUCAGCACAUCCUCUCUCAAACUUCAAGAACAUUAAUGAGAUCACAAUCAGCAUCAAUCGAAGUUUAGCUCAGCCAUCAGAUCUACUUUCCAUCAUGCCACUACUCGACAUGUCAUCCAUGAGAUUAGGGGCUCAUCCCAUAGUAUUUCGUAACGACUUCAACACCUCUCGGCAGCCCUUUUUUCGCUUUCUUAAAGAAUUACCAUUAGUACUGGUUUUUCUGAUUUUUGGCUGGGCCCAAUACACAUUAGCUUUUUCUUUGGUUCUGAGCUACCUGAUCGUCAAUCGUCAACAUUAUAAAAUGAGCGUUCUCCUUUUGAUCCCGUUUGAGUUCAGCUGGAUCAUGGCCGUCGGGAGUUUGAUAGCUUGUGUCAAGGUUGGACCUGGGUGGGUCAAAACCACGGCCGAAAGAACAUCUGAGGUCGAUGGUUUGAUGGAGAAUGCCCAAAACCCAAAUUACGAUAUACCUCUAGUGGUUUCUCCAGAAGAUGACGGGCCAGAACCUGUACCAAUGGCAGUAAUGCCUUCUCGAGCACCUCGCAAAUUUCCGCAUCCUUACGCAAAUCCUCGAAGUCAUAACGACUAUAGAGAAGUUGUUCAAGAAAGUGAUGACGAAGAGGAUUAUCAGGACGAUGCCGAUCCUGAAGUGGAAGGGGCUACUCCCUUCUUAGCAACACCGCAGCCUUCGAGUUCAAAGUCCAGUACGAUUUAUAAUCCGCGCCCACGCGCCCAUCUACCACUCAACUCGCCUCGUCCUUCAUCAACUGCCUUGCUUCCAGGAAAUCCAUCCCGGCCGCAAAAUUUGGCACCUUCAACGCUGACCUUUCAAGAACAAGUUUCUUUGGCUGAGCAACGCUCAUCAAAUCGGUUCGAUCUAGUGUCGGCAUUGAAUGCAGUGAUUCCUUCAUCUACACCAGCCCCACAAAAAGAUUUACCGGGAGUCGAUACAUUGAUGUGCAAAUCAGAUGGCUCGAAGCGCUUUUGUCGUAAAUGUGAUCUAGUCAAAGCUGAUAGAGCACAUCAUUGCAGUUCGUGCAAACGAUGUGUGUUGAGGAUGGACCAUCAUUGUCCUUGGCUGGGUGGCCGCUGUGUUGGACUUCAUAAUCACAAGUAUUUUGUGCUUUUCCUAGUGUGGACCUCCAUCACCGCAAUUAUCUGUGGAUUUGCCGCUCUUCAAGGACUGACAGAAUUCGUCACAGUCAAUUCACAUCUGUCAGAAGAUCAAUUCCGAUUAGCACCAUUGAAUUGGGCGUUUUUAUUUCUUGUUGGUAUACUGUUUGGUUUAGUCCUCACAGGUUUUGGUUCGUACCACCUGUACUUGGUGUCCGUUAAUCGUACCACUAUUGAAAACAUGGAGCGCUCAUUACGUGUUCGACCCACAAUAUCAUCUGACUCGGAGAACUCAUAUGCCCUCCUUCGAUCGAGCUCUCGCCCUCUGGCGUGCAAUGACAACCCAUCUUUUCCAAACAAACAAUCCUUCCCAACCUCCCAAGACACACUUCCAUCAUAUAGUUUGCCUGUUUAUAAAUCGGACGAUCGCUUAUCGCGGUCUGAACGUAAAAAAUUAGAAUUGGGAGCAACAAAGUUAAAUGUUUAUGAUCUAGGGACAAGACUUUCAAAUUUCCAAGAGAUUUUCGGCCAUCAUAGUAGGUGGUGGGAAUGGCCUUUGCCUAUCCCACCCAAAGGAAUCAGUGAUGGGUAUAGAUAUCGCGUUAAUGCCGAACAUUUAUCAAGACUACGAGAGCUGACUGCCGAAGUUAGACUGUUACCAUCUCAUCGAACAAAUGAACUACGAUUUGAACGGCCGUAGAGAGUUCCUCAACUCUUGGGCCCUUUUAAACCACAUUGGUCUUAAGACGUUCCACUUCAAUCUUUAUCCUGUCAGUAUUGAAUUACAUCAAGGAGUAAUCUGUAAACCUCUUGUGUUUUCAACAGUUCACAGGAAGCUGCAUAUAUGUCUUGUUGUAAAAUAUUGUAAUACCUAAUCAUUCUAUAGAUUAAAUCAAUCUUCACCCCAAGC